AUGGUGUGCCAACGGAUCCACCCGUCACUCCACUCGUCUGCCCGCUGUCUGCCAUCUCUUUGGCGUCUUUCGAGUGACUCAAACAACGACUGCCUGUUCACUGGUGUCUCAUCCGGAUUGACGGGUAUUAUGUAUGUCUUGGACACCAUUUGUGUCGGCAUUUCGUGCGGUGUCUGUUCGCAGGCAACCAUUGCCUCCAUAUUCGUCUCUCGAUGGCGUCGACUCGUGCGAAGAAGCGCUCAAUCGGUGGACUCUUUUACUGUGAUAGUCAUACGAUGUCUUCGAGACUCUCCUGUCGUCCAUAAUCUGACAAUUCUUAUGAAGACCACAGAUGAGGAAGAAUAUUAUCCGAAGAACUCAUUCGACAGAUUCGGUGAUGACUUGUGUGGACUCGUAUUGUCUUAUCAAUCACUGAAAGAGUGUUUCCGAUUUGAAUGUCUGUCCAAACAGUGGCAGAGGUGUGUAUUCACACGAAGACACACCCUUUCAGUGGGAAAACGUAAUAAAGUGUUGAUUAAAUCGCGAGUAAAAGAAAAUGUUAAUUGGAUUCCCACUCAUAAUAUGCAAGCAUUGGAAUCAGUGGUCAAAAAGUGUGCAAACAUUACAUCCAUUGAUAUUGAGAUCCAUUCAGAAGAUACCGAAAGAGACACGACUCCCGAAGAAUACAUUCGUACUGUUAUCGACUAUCACUGCAAAGAGUUUGUCAAUCAAUGGCCACAACUCAAGAGAUAUCAGUUGUUUAUGAUGUGCUUAACUGAACCACAAGUGAGACAAUUGUAUGAAUCGGUGGGUCUAUGUGCUAUCAGUACAGUACCUUAUUACAAUAUUAUACACUCGGCAAUAGAUAUGAAUACCACAGAUGCCCAAGCAUAUCCAAAAGACUCUUUCGACAGAUUCGGUGAUGACUUGUGUGGACUCGUGUUGUCUUAUCUUUCACUGAAAGACAGCUUCAGAUAUGAAUGUCUGUCCAAACAGUGGCAGAGAUGUAUUCAGAAGAAUCGGAAAAACUAUUUGAAAUACUAA